AUGGCGAUGAUGAUGACUGGCCGUGUGCUGCUGGUGUGUGCCCUCUGCGUGCUGUGGUGCGGUGCCGGCGGUGGCUACGCGUGGGAUUUCAACAACGAUUCGUUGAAUGAAUAUUAUUACGGGGCAAAUGGCACUUACUGUAAAAUCUUUCCCAAAAUGUAUUCUUGUGAAUUGAAAAUUAAUGCAAGUAAAAGGGAAAAAGCUGCCUCACAGGCGAAAGCCACUCAGAGCGGGGAAGGGAGUGGUCAAUCGAGUGCCGGUGGUUCCUCUGGGAGGCAGGACCAAACUUUGGAGGAAGGUGGUUUGGAUCAAUCGGAAGGAGCCACAGGCCCACAGGCACCACAACCGCCGGGAGAGGGAGGAACAGAAACACCAACACCAACGGUCACCGCUGCUCAUUCUGCUGAUGGGCAGGACAACAGUUCGGAGGAAAGUCAUUUGGGUCAACCGGAAGGAACUGCAGGCGAAGGUACACAGGCAUCACAGCCGCCGGGAGAGGGAGGAACAGAAACCCCAACACCAGCAACAGCAACAGUCACCGCCGCUCAAACAAGUGACACGAGGACGCCUGACGAGAGUGACGGCAGCACCGCGGCCUCUCACACCACCUCCCCUCUUUUUCUUUUUCUUCUUGCGUGUGCAGCAGCAGCUGCGGUGGUGGCCGCGUGA